AAAUGGCGGCAAGGAUCAAGUCAAGCGUGCGCUGGAAUUGGAACAAAGGAAUUGUCAGCAGACGUAAAUAUUACCGAGCCUCUAUUAUUUAAAUAAUUGUCAAUUUAAAUUAAAAAAUGGUUGAUUCAGAAGAAAGAAUAAUAGCACUGAUAGACAUGGAUUGUUUUUUCUGUCAAGUUGAAACAAGAGAACAUCCAGAAUUAAAAGCUAAGCCGCUGGUUGUCACGCAGUUUAACCUGGUGCUGGCUGUCAAUUAUGAAGCCAAAGCACUAGGGGUCACAAGAUUCAUCAGCGGUAACAAAGCUAAAGAAAAAUGUCCAGAGUUAGAGGUAAUAAGUGUCCCAAUUUUACGAGGUAAAGGCGAUGUGUCAAAGUAUCGAGCUGCUGGUCAAGAGGUUAUCGAAGUACUCAGGCAUCAUUGCUCGAUUAUUGAACGUGCGAGUGUCGACGAAGCCUACCUGGACAUAACGAGUCUCGUUGAAGAAAAAAUCGACUCAGUUGCUUGGUCAUCAAAGGAAAUUAUUUCAAAAUUAAAUCAUACAUUUGUUGUUGGUUAUUCUGCUGAUGACAAUGAUGAAGAGACAAGAAAUAAUGGAGUUGACAGGUGGGUCAGAGAAUCUUUUGAUGAUCUAGGUGACGUUCAAGCGAGAAAACUGGCGAUCGCUGGACUGAUUGUUGAACAAUUCCGCGCUGAAAUAUACGAAAAGUGUAAAUUCCGAUGUUCUGCUGGAAUUUCGUACAACAAAGUCCUGGCAAAGUUGGCAUGUGGACUUCACAAGCCAAAUAAACAGACGAUUCUACCAGCUACUGGUGUUCCCGAUUUAUUUUCGUCGUUGCCGAUAAAUAGAAUCCGCAGUCUUGGUGGUAAAAUUGGAAAGGAAGUUGUUGAGUCUCUUGGCUGCAAUGUGAUGGCUGACUUACUUAAGUUUUCUCAGCAGGAUUUGCAAAAACAUUUUGAUGAAAAGACUGGAUCGAAGUUGUAUAAUAUUGCCAGGGGGAUUGAUCAUGAGCAAGUUACUCCGAGACUGAUUUGUAAAUCGAUUGGUGCGAGUAAAAACUUUUCUAUCAAACAGGCAAUCACUGAUCUGGAUACCCUUAAACAGUGGGUCGAUUCAUUGACGGAUGACGUUUGCGGUCGAUUGGAGCAGGACUACGAAGAGAACCAUCGACGGGCAUCGAAUCUUACCAUCAGCUAUCAAUGUCAUCAAGCAGGAAAAAAUAUUUCUCAAUCACGCACAUUGCCUUUGGCUGGUUACAAUCCUGAAAGAAUUGCCAGCCAGGCUUUCAGUAUCAUCUCCAAGUCGAUUGAUAAACCGAUCGUAGCUUUGAGCAUCGCCGGAGGUAAGUUCAUUGAUGCUCAGAAUGACGGAAGUUUCGUUAAUUAUUUUAAGACUGUCCAGAAACGAUCAGAGAAAAUAAGUAACUCGGGGACUGAUGAAAAUUUUUGUCCUGAUAGUCCUUCUGAAGAUCGUGAGCUUGAAGGAAUCGGAAAUAUUUAUUUUGAGGAAAAUGAUUGUGAGAAAACUGAUGACAGCAAAGUUCUUAUUAACAAUCGUGUUAAUGUUAAGCUACGAGAGAUUUUUCCAGACCUGGAUAAUAUUGACCCGGUGGUCGUGGAACUGCUGCCCCCUGAACUCCAAGAAGAGGCGAGAGUUCAUUUAAAUUUUAGAAGCAAACUCAGUAUCAUGUCUCCGGAAAAUAAAAUAAAAAAUGAAGAAAAAUCAAAAGCUGUUAAGCCGAAAUCGAGUAAAUCUAGUAGCAGUAGCAGUAGUAAGUGUGAGAAAAAUCAGAGUAAUAUUAAAAAAUUUUUUGUUAAAAAUAGCAGCGAUAGUUCAUCGAUGAUACGCUGCUGUGAAUGCAACCAGAUGAUUUUGAAUGAAAAAUAUCUCGAGCACUGCGAUUAUCAUGUCGCGCAUAAUUUGCAGAAAGAUAUCAAUCAGUCGCUGAGUAGUGAAGUGAGUUCUGGUAAAAGAAACCGGGACGGCGGAAACACUCCGAAGACAAACAAAAAGAAAAAAAGCAUUGAAUCAUAUUUUAGUAGAGACAAAUAAUAAAUAAUUAUUAUGAUAGAUGUUUAUGUUUUGUUAAAAA